AUGGCUUUAAACCCUCUGCUCAUCUACAAUUACAACCAUUAUGCUGAAAAUGUAGGAGCUCAGGAGCAGUGUACAGACUUGCGUGGUCGCUUGAUUUCCCAUGGCCUUCAUUACGUGCCUGGUCCGGAUACUUGCACGCUCUGCGUUUGUGACAAUGGGCUACCUAAAGUAUGCAAAGCGGUCUUAUGCUCACCACCUCAGGACUGCCGAUCAUUCCGUGUGGGUAACACAUGCUGUGAAUUCAUUUGCCUGGAUGACGUCGUCAAACCGGUCGAGGGUGGAGAAGCCAAUGUACGUAUGGCAGCUGGCGGCGCGUUAGUAGUCGUACUCUUGACUAUUGCUCUUGUAGUCUACAGAGUAAGGAAACAAAAGAGACGAAGACCUCCCCACGCUGAUGAUCAGAGAAGUUUGACGAGUAUCGGUUAUAUAAGCGGCAGUAUGGGAUACAUGGGUGGAACAUGCGAGACUGCGCUUGCGGCGUGGAAACCGCCUACCAACUAUCUGCCACGCGGAGAGGCACCGCCGCCCUACGACGAGGUCGUGGCGCAAACGAGACAGGACAACAUGAGGCUUGCGAAUGAGAUGUCUUAUCACCGCACAUACCCCGCUACAGUUGAAACGCUGGCGAGGCCCGACGACUCUGUGCAGUGUGUAGGACACGGCUAUGUCAAUAUACAGCGCCCCGUUACACAAAUUGCGAACACACAAAAUUCUUACAAUGCUCCACUGCUGCAGCCAGUUCAUCAGGUUGAGAACAGAGAGCCCGCGUCAAUGCCCCACCAUCCAAUUGCACCUAACGUGGUUAGUUUUCCAAGUGCGAUUCGUCUGACAGGUUCGUUAGGCGCGAUCAGCAAUCGAGGACUGUUGUCGGUUUUACAACGCGAGCCGGACCACGAGCGGCCACACAACGUACCCGGCUUCUAUACCAACAAUCACAACGUUCACACUUCACUCCACCGCACCAUCCCACGCAUCUCUACAGCUGUAGACACCACGCUCCUGGACACACCCAUCUCGGGGUUUAACCGUGCGGACCGGUCCCUACACAACGAGAUCAGACGGUCGUUCCACAAGCCGAGCGACAACAACAGACACAAUAUGGCCGACACUGGUCGCAGCAUGCCCAGAAAUUUGAAUCUCGCCUCCGCCAAUGAUAUUACUAGAAACAUUGAAACUACGCUGGACGAUCCCAGCGGCGCUCGCCUGAGCGGCGGCUGGCGCGCGCGCACGCACAGCGACGAGCACGUGCGCGCCGAGCCGCCCGCGCCCCCCCCGCCCGCCGCGCCUGUCGCGCCCCCCGCGCCCGCCGCGCCCGCCCCGCCCACGCUGCCCCUCACCGUCGACAAGCCAUCAUGCGUUUGCAGUUACGAACAAACGAACGCACCCGGCACAGAGGAGACCGAUGAUUACCGCAGCGAGUGUGAAAACUGCAAGUCGGCCAGCAGCUCAAGGUGGGUGCUGGAGGAGGGGUGGGAGGGCGCGGCGGGCGCCGGCACGCAGACGCUGCAGCGCCGCGCCCCGCCCCCCGCGCAGGCGCCGCCCGCCACCGCCACGCUGCCGCAGCCCGUCACCAAGCAGGGUCGAACCGUGAUGGGUCCGCCAUCCAACUGGGAGAACUGGUUCAAAACGAUCCCUGACUCCGACUCUGAGUCCGAAGAAGAAUAA